AUGCUCGGUCGUCGGCUAACUCGUCAGCAGUGGAUAGCGCUGAUGCUGCUAAGUGCUGGAGUGACUGAUAUACAAAUCCAGUAUACUCCCACCAAGCGAAUCCCGCAAAUUACGGAGAAGCCACUGCUUGGGUUCGCUGCAGUACUGACAAUGUGCUUCACAUCCGCUUUUGCAGGUAAGUUCGAAAUACACUGCAACUGGAAAAUGUCUUAA